GCCGAGACCAAGGCGCAGCGUCAAUCGACGACUACUAUCGCCGCCACGCCUGCCGUCUUCCGCUGCCAGCAACCAGCGCGACUACUGCUGCCGCCGCGCCUGCCGUCCUCCGCCGACGAAAACUAGCGCGACUACUGCCGUUGCCUCCAACCGCCCAAGCACCGGCGACUACCACCUCCGCCAGAGCUACGACUAACCCGGGGCGGAGAUCGAAGGCGGAUAUCGGCCAAAAACAGGAUCUGUUUGGAAACUCGAAAAAGAAAAAGAAAAAAGAAGAGGGUUUUGCAAAACCCUAGAAAACCAGUUCGUGACGAGGAAGACGACUGUGAAUUGAGAGUUUCGACAAUGGCGAUGUCUAUGAGACGUGCACUAUUGUGCUACCGCAACCUCGCCGUGAUCCUCCGUACCACGACAUCUCAGACUCGCCAUCUCUCUUCUUUAGUUGGCGGCUCUUCAGCUAGUCUCCUCCGCCGCUCUGCCACUUCCGACGCGGGCCCUUACUUUCUGGCAAUGAAUUAUCUACUCGAAAGUCGCAGAGGCUUCGCCAAAGGAAGAAAGAACAUAAAGGAAGAGGUAGACAGUGAUGAAGAUAAUGAGAGCACAACAGAGUCUGUGAAUGUUGGCCCUUCAAUUAAGGCUGCCUCCAUCUCACAAAUGGAGGCAGCAACAGAAUCGCUGUCUCGAGAAUUGGCAAAAUUACGAACGGGACGAGCAUCGGCAGGAAUGCUUGACCAUAUUAUUGUUGAAAGUGGUGGUGUAAAAACACCUCUUUGCAGGAUGGCUGUUGUUUCAGUCUUAGAUUCAAAAACACUGUCUGUUACUCCUUAUGAUCCAGAUACCUUGAAAGAAUUGGAGAAGGCUAUCGUUUCAUCACCAUUGGGAUUAAAUCCAAAGGUGGAUAAUGAGAGGUUAAUUGCACCUAUACCUCCGCUAACAAAGGAACAUAUGCAGGCUGUGUGCAAGGUGGUAGCUAAAUCAUCCGAAGAUGUUAAACAAAGUAUAAGAAGAGCCCGCCAGAAGGCACUGGACACUUUAAAGAAAUAUACACCAAAAAAGAAGGACAAAGACAAGACAGGUUCAACUUUAUCUGUAGAUGACGCAAAAAGAUUGGAAAAGGAAAUCGACGACUUGACUAAGAAGUAUAUAAAGUCUGCUGAAGAUAUGUGUAAAUCAAAGGAAAAGGAAAUAACAAGUGGUUGAAUCUUAAAAAGUUUUGAGUUGAAAGCAAUUGCACAAGGAGUCUAUUUUCUGAGGAUGUUAGAGUACUUGGAGCUUUGGGAAAAAAUUCUCGAAAUUAUUGUUUCUAUACUGGAGUAUAUGCUGGAAACUAUUUUGUUAUCAGGACUUGAUGUCUUGAGCUUACUACAUUGGAGUUAUGCUGAAAAGAACUCAAUUAUAUGUUGUAUGGGGGAGCAAGUGGCCUACUUCUCCAUUUAAUUUAGUUUGUUAGAAAUUAAAUUAGUUUGUUAGAAAUUAAAUUAGUUUGUUAGAAAUUAAAGCAAUACAUGGUUCAUGCUUAGCAUUAGCAUUAUGUAGGAUGGAUGCAGUAUUUUAUGGGAAUAAUGGGAGCAAUGGCUUCAUAGACCUAAAUUUUAGCUUUGUUAUUUCACUAUAAAUAGGAUGUAAUCAUGCAUUUCAAAUGUCAAGCAAGUGCAAUAACUAUUCGAAUUUUUA